AGAAUUAUGAUCAAUUAUUUCUUUUGCAGCACAGCGACAGCUAGAAGAUGUAGCUUGAUGAUGGUGCGUGUUACCAAAUUUCAAAUUUUUCCAACUAUUACUACCAGAACCAGCUACUACAGAUUCUUACAACGAAUGCAGAGAAGGAUGGUCAUGGUGAUAAAUUCCAUCUUUUCCCUGUUAUAGGUACAAAGACAACUGCUCAACCCCAACAGCACUCCUUUUUGUUUCCUCAAUGACAAUACUGAAGUCGUUUUUUUGAAAUCAUAUUUCAAUGUAGCAAGUAUUGGGAUCUGCGUAGCGGCCAACUCGACGGAGUCGCUACACCACACUUAUGCACAGCACACCU